GCCACCUUGUGUAAUUCAUUAAAGCAUCAUCUGAGUCUUCCACCUGUUGGUGUGUGGUCCGUGCCAGGAUGAUGCAGACACACAGGUACGUCUGGCAUUUUCAUGGUGGUGAUGGUGCUGUCAGACAAGCAAGCUGUUGCCAGGCGGCAGGUUUGUGUCGACACCGCACACCUGCUCAGGUGAGUUCCCGCCCUCUGCCUACGCUCCACCCUUCCCUGUGAUUUUAGCCAAUCACAACGCAAAGUUACAUUUGAGUCAGGUGUGUGUGCACGGACGAGUGCUUUCAAGAGCCAUUUUCUUGUCUGGCCCCGCAAGGGAUGACUGCAGUCAUGGAGCAGUGGCACAGAAGAAUGAACAUGGACUUCUCUCCCCUACACACAUACACGCCCCCACAGUGUGCCCCGGACAACACCGGAUACACAUACUCCCUCAGCUCCAGUUAUUCGUUGGCGGCGUUGGAGUUUGAGCAGGAGCACCACAUCGCUCCGGUCUACGACUCGCCCAGGAUGUCGCGCAAGAGCCUUCGCCUCCACACCGCCACGGGUCUCUAUGGCAACGACGGCCUGGACGAGCAGUCGCACAACCACAGCGUCAGCUACAGCAGCAGCAGCGCCAGCGGAUCAACGAGACGAACUGUCCGAAGCCGGAGGCAGCAGCAGCAGCAGCAGCAGUCCUCAGCGGAGCUGCAGACGGACUCCCAGACGCUGACGCUGACGCAGACGCAGACGCCCAUACGCAGGACCCUGCGCAGCCACAGCAGCUAUGUGCUGGGCCAGGCCCAAACGGACGCCUCGCUCUCGGGGAGCCUCCUCGACGGCGCAAGCCUCAAGGAGCACGCCACCUCCACUCCUAAAGUCUGGGGUACAGAACUCGAGGCUGACCUUAAAGCAGGACGCAGUGUUCGGACAGAGCACAGCUCAUCAUCACGGGUCAACGGCAACGCCAGCGUCACGCACUCGCACACGACCGUCGCCAACGGCUACAUCUGCCGCGAUUGCUCCCUCCACGGCGAGAACAAAGACGCCCUGACCGCAUAUUCUUCGUCAGGCACGUCAUCAUCAUCUUCAUCAUCAUCCACUUCUGCUGCCGCGUUGGCCUCAGCAGUGGCCGGUGGUGAUGCCGGCCUGCACCGGACCUCCAGCUCCACCACCACCUCCAUCUACAGCAGCAAGCGCAGCCAGAAACACCGGACAGGUGUGCUGGCGUGUGUCUCGGGCGCGUGUCUCCACCAGAGCAGACGGGCACUGACCUCCGUGUUCACCUUCAUCACCCUCCUCUUCCACAGACUGCUGGGCGACUCUAGUGGCCACACGCAGCAGCAGGACUCCAGCAAAGGUGUGCUGGUGUCCGUAUUGGACACAUUGUGGGGUGCGGGCGCUGCAUUCUGGGAGAGCGUGCGGGUGCUGAAGUGGAGACUACAGCAAAGACUCUUUUACAGGAACCCCCAGCCUAAAGCUCACUCCAGUUACUGUGGCAGCAUGAACGUGAAGGACCUAGUGACGGGUGACGGACAUCUCAACCUAAAUGGAUCUCUGUGUGACGACUGUAAAGGGAGCCAACACCUGGAGUCUCACACACUCCACACACACUCCUCACGACGCAGAGGCCUGCUGGGGGCACUGCUGGCCCUCCUGACUUACACAGGUGCAGGUGUGCUGCAGGUGUGUCGUGCCAUCGCCUCCAUCGGAGCCAACGUCACCAGGAAGCUGCUGGCGCUGCUAUGGCUUGUCCUCUUAGCUCCAGGGAAAGCUGCGAAGGCGGCGUUCUGGUGGCUGGGGGCGGCAUGGUACCAGUUUAUCACACUCAUGUCCCUGCUCAACGUCUUCUUCCUGACCAGGUGCCUGCCCAAACUUUGGAAGCUCUUGCCGUUUCUGCUGGCCUUCCUGCUACUUCUGGGUCUGUGGUACCUGGGUCCGUCCAGCCUGUUGGGCCUGCUGCCUGUGGUCAACCUGACGGAGUGGAGCUCGGAGUCUCAAUACUCCCUGCUGCCCUCCUCCUCACUGUUCCCCGCCGCGGACGCCCCCAUGGAGCAGGCCCCCCCACUACCCCCCAUCUCCAGCCCCACACCCGCUACACCCUCCGUCCAACAGCUCAGUCUCAGGAGCAGUAUGUGGUGGAGCAGAAGGCUCACAAGACCUCGCCUAGCUGAACUGGAGAUCCUGCUGCAGGCACUGGCUGCCAAGACUGAGGAGGUGCAGCAUGGGCAGAAGGAUCAGGAAGCUGAAGCAGCCGUCCCUCCUCCUCCAGUCAGUGUGGGGGUGGGCCAGGAGGAGCAUGAUGCUUUGCUGCAGCAAGUGGGGCGGUUGGAGGCGGAGCUGGGCCGCAUCAGAGACGACCUCCAGGGAGUUAUGGGAUGUCGCGGGCGCUGUGAGCAGCUGGACACCCUGAAAGAAACUGUGUCUGCCCAGGUGUCUGCGCAGGUGAGCGCGGGGGUGCGGCGUGAGCUGCAGGCUCUGUUCUACGGCGGUGAGGCGGGGGCUGUGGCGGACGACGCACGGCUGCCGGAGUCUCUGCUCCAGUGGCUAUCAGCGCGCUUCGUCCGCGGAGACGACCUGCACGCCUCGCUCGCCGCCCUGGAGAAGAGCAUUCUGGGUAACGUGUCCCUGCAGCUGGAGCAGAACAGGCAGCCAGCCUGCGCCGAGACGGUCACCCAGAGCGUCACACACACCGCCCUGGCCGCUGGGAUGAACGAGCAGGAUGUCCACCUCAUUGUCCAGAACGCUUUGAGACUCUACUCCCAGGACCGCACCGGGAAGGUGGACUACGCCCUGGAGUCCGGAGGUGGCAGUAUCCUGAGCACUCGCUGUUCGGAGACCUACGAGACCAAGACUGCCCUCAUGAGUCUGUUUGGACUGCCCCUCUGGUACUUCUCUCAGUCCCCACGUGUGGUCAUACAGCCUGAUGUGUACCCAGGGAACUGCUGGGCAUUUAAGGGUUCUCAGGGCUACCUGGUCAUCCGGCUGUCCCUGAGCGUGCUGCCCUCCUCCUUCUGUCUGGAGCACAUCCCCAAAGCCCUCAGCCCCACGGGCAGCAUCAGCAGCGCCCCCAGACACUUCACCGUCUACGGACUGGAGGAUGAGUAUCAGGAAGAGGGAAAGCUACUUGGAGAUUACACCUAUGAGGAGGAUGGCGAGUCUCUGCAGACAUUCCCUGUGAUGGAGAAGAAUGACCAGGCCUUCCAGAUCAUUGAGAUGAGGGUGCUGUCCAACUGGGGUCACCCAGAGUACACCUGCCUGUACCGCUUCAGGGUCCACGGCGAACCCAAGCUCAAAUAAGGGCUGGCUCUAGGAACCCUGUGUGUGUGUGUGAGAGAGAGAGAGAGAGUGUGUGUGUGUAUGUGUAACUUGUAUGUGUGUGUACCAAGGACAUGUACAUAUGAAGAGGAGAAGAGUGAGGCCUGGGAGCAGCGGAUGUGUGUGUGUGUGAUGGGGCACGUUUUCAUAUGAGGAGGAUUAUGUACGUACGUCAGAAUGGAGAAGAUGGCCGUCAUGAAUGUGUGACAGACUAAAAGACGGGACAGCCAUUUGUAAUGGAGGGAAAAAGGAGAAAGGAUCCUGAAAGGAUUAACAGGAGCAGAAAGGCUGACUGACUGAACAGAUGAAUGAAUCAGGGAAAGAGGAGUUUGAGCACCACAGAGUUGUAUUCUCCCAGUUUUGCUCACUAAAUUCAAACCAGCUCUUGCACUGAACCAGACCUUUAUGGAAGGGAGUCCAGCAGGCCCCCACCCCACCGACAUUUAUGCCCUGAGAAUUACGCCGCCGACCUUUGACCUAUAGAUUUAUUUUGCUCUUUGAACCUCAUGCUCUUUGAACCUCAUGCUUCUCUGAACAUCUGGAGUUCAGCUUUUUUUUUUUUUGAGAACAUUUUGUAAUGUGUUUCAAAAGGAUCUGUGCAGACAGGCUUGCCACUCAACCCUCCAGUUGUGACAGACACACACACACACACUCUGUCUCUCUCCCACAAACUCACAGACACACCUUCAUUCUCACACUGUGACGGACUCUCUUUCACUCUCUCUUUCACACACACUGUCUCACACACACACAAACCCACACACUCUCUCUCUCUCUCUCUCUCUCUCUCUCUCACACACACACACACACAAACCCACACACACUUAUCAUCUGUGGAAAUUGUUACUCUCCCACCCUAUUCCCCCCACACACAUACACACAUACACACAUACACACACUCACACACUCACACACACACACUUAUCAUCUGUGGAAAAUGUUACUCUCCCACUCUAGUGCCCUGGUUCUAGUGCCCUGGUUAGGCUACUCUUGCUCGUGCUGCUAUAUUGCAUAGGACCAGCAUGCAGUGUUUUGUUUGUGAGUUUUGUUUGUUCUGGUUUGAAUCUCAUGUCCAGUACAUCCCACUGUGUUUUGCUUUAUUUUUAAAUUGUAUUUACAGCCAUAAACCACAACGAUGCUUUGGAUUUCUAUUCUAUUUAAAUUGUAUUUACAGCCAUAAACCACAGUGAUGCUUUGGAUUUCUUUUCUAAUUUUUGUAGACAGUAUGAAUAUGCUCAGGAGAAACUGUGAUGUGUGUGUGUGUGUGUGUGUGUGAUCUCCAUCUUAUCGUUCACCUGUUCUCUGUCUUUGCUUUCCCCUCCUCACACACACACACACACACACACACACACACACACACACAACUGGAGUAGGUCAGGAGUGCAUCUAGUCUGUACACACAGAAAGCCAUCUAUCUGUUUAUAUUUUUUUACAUGUAUAGAGUCCAGUCGACAGUCAAUUUCAUUAAUUAAGUUCACUUAUGUUUUUAGGGCAGGUCUAAUUAGUCUAAUUAAGUCUUUACUGCCAAUGCCAUUCAGCAGGAAUGUAAUGUAUAUUUCAUGUCAUGUCAAUAGCAAGCCCUUUAUUAUCCGCCUAUAUCAGUGUUGCUUUAAAAAAAAGGGUACCUUCUGUCAUCAUGAUUAUAAUUAUUAUUGUAAUAUUAUUACUCAUUUUAAUUAUGUUGUUACUUUUUUUGAUAGAGAAUGCUGAAGAAUGCACUGUUGUGACUUGUUAAAGAAUAUAUGUAUAUUGCAGAAAAGUCCUAAACAAUUUGCCAGAAUUGUCAUUAAACGUGGGGAGGAGAGCGAUAAGGGAGGAUGUGCUAAAAACACUUCCUUGUCCUCCGAUUUGUGGACCUAAAAGAGUCUCCAAAUGUACAAAAUGGAUUUGUUCACUAUUUAUUUGAAUUGAAGUUAGCUAUUGAAAAUUAGGACUUUGUGCAGUGUAUUUUUGUAAAAUGCUUCUCAGUGCAUUUUUUGGAAACCAUCUAUAGACAGUAAGGUUUUGUUCAAAAACAAUAAUUAGAUUUUAUUUUUGUUGCUGCUGUCAGAAGAUGGGUAAACUGCUAUGGAAUAAUGUUCCAAAUAAAACUUUUAAUUUUGAGCGCUUUUAAA